AUGCAUCAAAACGAAAGUUCAUCAACACAAGGAAAUGAAUUCAACGAAUUACGCAACGAGCUCCAAGAAACAGUCGCUAUCGUUAACAAAAACAAUUUUUUGCAUUUAAAAGCUGUUCAAGAUAAUUUAAUUGCUAUUGAUAACGAGUUCCAGAUCAAGUCACAAAUAAUCUUCCGUGCAUAUGAUUUGCUCAAAUCACAGCAGAAGCCUGAUAACAAAUUUAAGUUUGUUCCAGACGGCUUAAAACCAGAGGAUGCUCAAAUGUUUAAAUACGACAGUAUUAUUGCUAAAAUUUUAAGUGAAGACGGCGCAAAAUGUUUACUAGAAUAUUGCAAAGAGGAAAGUUUUUCAAUUUAUAUAUUUAAUACAUUUCUUCCAGCGAUAUUUGGUGGAUACACAACUAAAUCCCGCUGCCAAGCACGUAGAAAAUUGUUUGAAAUCAUCAAAUCGCAAGAAGGCGUUUCAGAAGAAUUGAUCUUCCAUUUUAUUUGUUCAUUUUUCCUUUGGGAUGCAGGAUACAUCAAGAACUUCCAUCAGUUUGUUACAAAAAGCGAGUUUGACUGGAAUAAUCAAACUAAAUGCGCAAAAUCAUUGUUAUUAGCUUUCGAAAGGACUCUUUCAUUCUGUUCACAGGAUUUGCACGACAUUUUGGCCAUUUAUAUCGAUGACGAAUCAAAGUAUUUAGAAUUAUUAAAGAAAAUCCUUUUCUUUACCGUUGAUUACCUUUGUCCACAACACGAGGUCUACUCCAAACUCAAGGCAAAGAUCGAAGGAUUACCAAACAUCAUGAAUAUCAUUGAUAAUUUCCAAUCAAUUUUGCCAAGAAAGGGAACACUUGAUAUUAUAUCCCAGGACAUCAAAUUCACACUCGAUGGAUUAUCUACAACAACAUUUGAUAGCGGAGUAACUGGAGAUAUCAUACUUUCUCGUUACGAUUUCGCAAUUAUUUCAAAACUCAACGGAAAAGAGCUUUUCAAAGAGUGUUUCGAACCUAAAAACAUCUUUGAAAGCAAGUACUCGUUGAUACAUGUCCCUACAAUGAAGGAAUUCGCUCCACAAAUUGGAAUUGAGAAUUAUCCAGAAAAUUGGAAGAGGAUUUAUAUGGAAUCCAAGCAAAAUAAGACUGAUUUCUUACAAUCUAUCGAUGGAUUGUACUACAUUGAAGGAAAACACCCUGUAGAUGUAACAAAAGUUUCUGAUAAUUUUUAUAUCAAAACUGCAAUUAAGAAUGACAAAGAAGAGUUGUCAAGAAUCAUCAGUCUUAUUAAGAAUUACAAGGAUUUCGAGCUCAAAAGGUCUGUAAACGCUUGUGGUCAGUUGACAUCGAUUCAAUGCGACCAAGAAUUCAUUUUAACUUACUACAAGAACGUCAUGAUGAACCUUUCACUCACUGCAAGCCUGUUGUUCCGAAAUUUCACUGAUUUCAAACAACAUCAAGAACCAGCAGCAAUUAGCUUUGAUUACACGAUCAAAGGCCAAUUAGCCAAUAUUCAAUCGUACGCUAAUGCUUACUAUCUUUAUGAAAAAGGAAAAAUCGCAAAACCAAAGUAG